AUGCUCACCCCGGACGAAAAACGCGUAUAUGGUGCCAUCAACAAGGAAGGCAGCUUCGAACACCUAAUCGAUGCAUUCUCGGCCCUGCAAUUUGGGGAACGGGCAGCAACUGAAGACUCAUUAGCCCCCGACAACGCUGAUAGCGGCGAAGCCCAGCCAUCGAUAAGUAACGUCAGUGAUCAGCAGCAGCAAGACAUCGAAGAGGUUGACGAUGUAGGAAUUGAAGAAUUUGCGGAAGCGUGCAUGGAUACGUACCGAGCAUUGAUGAAGAAAGGGAAGCUCUCGUUUUCGGAAAAUCAAAUGCUUGGAGAGCUUCAUAGUGUUCUGAGCGAUUACUACCUAAGCGAUCCCCAAAAGUUCGAUGCACAGUUCAACACAGUCGACGGCCAGCUCCAGUCGGGAGAUCAAGAAAAGACCGCGAGUACCCCAGCCAUGCACUCUUGUCAUAGUAGCCAUUCUGACCAAGGAGUCAGUGAGGACCCAUGGCGUCAAGGUAGCCCUGAAGCUACCGGAGAUCUUCAGACUUCGCCGUUUCUUUCAAAUGAUAUAGGCCGCGAGAGGCCUGUGGGGAUGAGCGAUUCCGAAUUAGAAAGGGAUGCCACGGAGAAGAUUCAGUCUGCCGGUCCGUCUUCGAUGGGAAAAGAGCUUGCCAAGUAUCGAUUCGAGUACCGGUUGAACUAUAAAAACGACUCGCUGGCUAGCAUCUCGGAUCGCACCAAGCGAAUCUCUGCCCUGGAAGAUAUGGACAGCUCUGGUAAUCCGAUGUGGCGGUAUACGUCCGAGAACGUAAAGGACGUGGCUGGGGUGGUUGCAGAAGCGCGCAAUCCAUGUAAAGAUUACGAGGCCAACCCAUGCAUGUGGUUGAAAGUUUAUUGGGAGAAUCUGAAGCUCGGUGAUCAGGAAAAUCUAAUUGGUGGUUACUCUUGGAUUCCAAGAUGGAAAUUUACCCGAUUCUGGGGCGGUAGCGGCUUAUCGAUGCUGAGGAUACGAGAGCUUUGGGAAAAGCAAGAAAAGCGGCACCAAAAGCAUCUAGAAAGCAGUGGUCAAAUUGCAAAAGGCCGCCCUCUUGCUCCUUUUCCACUGGAUUGA